GCUUGCUCCCCCGCAGCGCGCAGGCGGGUGAAGUGGAAGGAAAAGCUGGGGGUUACGACCGGCUGGAAUGCCGUCUCUCCUCUAACUUUGAGAGCAUUGAACACUUGCAUACUUUGCUCUGAGUUUAGUUGUGCCUUCUACUUUACUCUACGAAAGCCCUGCUUGUCUUAUCAUUUGAAAUUGGAAUACAUUUCACAAGAUGCGGGCGGCUUCGACAUUGCGAGCUCUGCCGAGAUUCGUCCAACAACAGCGCGGCUUUGCGACAACGCAGCGGCGGUUGGAGAGCUAUGGCUUCAUCGGCUUAGGACAAAUGGGUUACCAAAUGGCCAAGAACCUGCAGUCCAAGCUGACUCCCAAAGAUGAGAUUCGCAUCUUUGACAUCAACAAGGAUGCAGUCUCCAACCUGGCAAAGGAGAUGGACCAAUCUCAGACCGGCGGCGCAAAGGUUGCUGUUGUUGACACUGCACGAGAUGCGUCAAUUGAAGCUGACACCGUCAUCACCGUUCUCCCCGAACCAUCCCACGUCAAGGCAGUCUACACCUCCAUCCUCAAAGACCUGCCCUCCCGCAAGCGCACCUUCAUCGACUGCUCCACCAUCGACCCCUCCUCAUCCCGCGAGGUAGCCGCCUCUGUCUCAGCCUCGACCAGCAGCCACGGCACCUUUGUCGAUGCCCCAAUGUCCGGCGGCGUCGUCGGCGCCACGGCCGGCACGCUUACCUUCAUGCUCGGCUGCGACGCUACGCACCUGUCCGUCGUUGAGCCGACGCUCCUCCGCAUGGGCCGGCGGGUCCUACACUGCGGACCGCAGGGCACGGGACUCUCUGCGAAGUUGGCGAAUAAUUACCUUCUGGCCAUCAACAAUAUUGCCACGGCCGAGGCGAUGAACCUGGGUAUGAAGUGGGGUCUUGAUCCCAAGGUUCUCGCGGGCGUCAUCAACGUUAGUACGGGCAAGUGCUGGCCGAGCGAGGUGAAUAACCCCGUCAAGGGCGUCGUUGAGGGCAGCCCCGCGGGGAGAGAUUACAAGGGCGGCUUCGGGAUCGGGUUGAUGCGCAAGGAUCUCGGUUUGGCUGUCGUUGCUGCGCGGGAGGCGGGUGCCACGUUGGAGUUGGCGGGCAAGGCGACGGAGGUGUAUGCUUCUGCUGAGGCUGAGGAGACGUGUAAGGGGCGGGACUUUUCUGUUGUCUAUCGGUACCUGGGAGGCAAGGAGUGAAGGAAAGGCAUCCGUCAAGCUGGGAUGUUAGAUGUGUUUAGAUCCUUUCAAAGAUGCACUUACCGAAACAACGAAAUCAUUCAUCGGUAGAUAUCAGACCAUCCCGCAGUUGAAGGGCCUGGAAGAAGUCGUUUGUUCUUCCU